AAAUAAUGUUUCCUCGGUCGCGAUGUAGUCGAGUGUAGAGAGUCGGCUGUAUUGGAAGUCGGUCUUCGCUUGGGUGGAUCUUUCUCCUGGAAGACCAAGGUAUGUCGACUCGUUCGUGCUGUCGUUAUGGACGCCUCACGGAGCGUUUGCUGUGGAUCGCUUGCUGUGUUGCGUGCUCUGUUUGCUUAAUAUGCGUGUUCCUGAGCUUAUAUUAUCUUGAAGACCACCAUGAUAUACUCGCGUGCCAGGGAGGGACAAAAGCCGGCGACACAGUGAACUAUAGAACUCUAUUCAAAUCAUACGAAGUAGAGAAUCUAUCUGACAGAGAUUCAACGAAUUUCCAGGAAGUUAUAGCCGAAAAUAUUGCGCUUAAAAGGACCGUGAACCGACUGGCAAGUGAAGGCUUUCGAGUUCUUUCAGACAGAUCGGGUAGGUUGCCGCGAUAUGAAGAGAGAGUUAGAUACAUCCAGGAUAUUCAAAAUGAACAGCUUGGACGAACUAUUCGCGAACUGAGGAAGCGUGGACCGUUUAAAGAUAUGCCAACGAAGUAUUCUGGCAUUGCCGAGACAUGGCAGGAGCGCAGCCUGAAAUUUAUCAUCGGCGAGUCACCGAGAUUUGGACAGGAAAAUCUGAGACAGGAUACAAACGAGAUUUCUCGUGUACAGGAAACCUUGGGUUCCUAUCGUGAUAACGGCCUUGGUUGCCAAGAAAUAUCACAGAUCAUCGUCAAAGAAGAGCUAGGCAGGGGGUACACAAAACUAACCCAACGCGGUGUUUAUAAUGGACUUGAUGUUGCAGUGAAGAGUGUAGGAUUGGAUUCGACCGAUAUCAAUACCUGCGUGCAAGAAAAACGAGCGAAGUUGCGUUCUGAUUGCUUGCUGUUUUCAAGAUAUAAAGUCAUGAAGGAACUGCUGCUCUACCAACAGUUGAGCCAUCCUAACGUCAUUAAGCUGUUGGGUUACUGUUUUCAAAACGACCAGGACUCGGCAGAUAUACAAAAUAGAGGUUUGACGGUUGUAACUGAACUAGGAACUCCGCUGAACCUUAUGACUGUGUUGCAAAUGGCGUGGCCUCAACGUUUUAGGAUAGCGGUUGGCCUUGCUAGACUUAUCAAGUAUCUCAGUUCGUCUCCUCUCGGUUCUUUGGUCAUCCGUGAUUUUCAGUUGAUUCAAUUUGUCACUAUCAACGGCGACCUAAGAUUCUCCGAUUUAGACGACAUUGGCAACGAAGGGCAUUCAUGUCGCUCAAAACGUGACUGUGUAAUUGGUGAUCUAACACACAACAUAACACUGCCGUGUGUUAAAAAUUUCUGUCAGGGUUACAACGAAAAGUGGAAUCUCUAUAAUCUUCAGAGGUUCUAUUUUAAAAUGUUUCUCCUGCCUGGCUCACCACAGCAUGUUUUAGGGGAUUUGGAGAACAUUGAAAAACAGGCUGCGAUGUUAAACUAUAACAGUGAGGAUUUGGCGAGGGAUCUUGAGAGAGUGUUAGGAAGGUUAAGGAGCGGUCAGGGAUCUGAGACAGAGAAGUACAGACCUCAUUACCGAUACAAAGCAAUACCUCGCGCAGAUUUUCCUGGUCGUCAUGACUACGAAUGUGACCAUUCGAUAUCACUGGUCAACUGUCAGUCUCUGAAAUUCGACGAAAUUGAGGCUAUGAAACAAUGCGACGAAGAUAUAGAGUGCAAAGCUUUCGUCAUGUCAUAUGACAAAACGUGGAUCGGUUAUAAAUGGGUAUUUUUCAAAAACAACUCCACCGACAUGGUGUUCAGUGCUAAAAACAUGAUCUACAUCAAGGUCACGUGACACCGGUUGUGUGAAAACCCGAGACAACAGAUCCUGUCAAACGUUUGGCCGUCAAAACACAAGGUCAAUGUUCCUAGGGUUAGGUGACACCCAAGGACCCCAGACGAAAGUUGGUUGUUCCGAGAUCUUGGACGUGAUAGUCGGAGAACUUGCUGAAUUGAUCUCGAACUCUGAGCAUGAUUACCUCAUUUACCUGGGUCAGUUUUAUAGACAACCUUGAAUUCACAUGUAUAUGUUUGAUUCAGCAUCAAUAUACAUGACACGUCGUGUGCGUGCGGUAACAAGCAUCCACGUUGAAACGAACAAGAGAAAUAAAUAAAAUGAAAAGAACUGUAUUGAAUGUCCUACAUUUCACAAAGAACGAAAUCGAAGAUUUAUUCGACUUUAAAUAAUCUUGAAGAUAAUUUUUGUGCCAAAUAUCACACAGGCAGUUGGCAUCCUUAUUGCGUAUUUUGCUUCUGGUCGGAAUGACGGGCACUUUCGUUAUUCAACUCAACUCCAUUGUGCCUUUUGCGUCAUUAAUUUUUGUAGGUAGAAUAGAAAACAAAAUUAAAAGAGA